ACACCCUGUACAUAAAAUGUUUAUAGUCGAGGCAAAAAUAUUGGAAUCGUCACAAGAGUUUCAGAUUGUUUCAACAGUCUUAACCUUUGUGGGUAACCCUGUAUAUGGAGAUUUCAGCUGUAUUCGAUGAUCGAAUUGCAAGAAAUAAAAAAAUAUAUUAAAGUUUUAGUCGCUUGAUCUUAUUUUAAUUGUCAUGUUUAUCGAAGGACACUCUGUAUUGUCAUUCUUAUUUUUUAGUAUAUGGAUUCACCUCAACCAGAUCCCCGCAUAUUUGUGUUUAAAUGAUCAGUGCUUUAGGCAAGAGCGCUCGCACUGCACAUCCGUUGUGUCCUUACGCGCGCGCACACAUCAAUCCAAUUAAUACUUUUAAUUCUACACACACAAAAAACUGUAAACAUAUUAUGCAUAAUUUAUUCUAAAAAUCAAAUAAUUGUUUUGAAUUCCUUCACUGUAUAUGUGAUAAAACACUAUAACCUCGUUGGGUGAAACGCGUAUACUUGGGGUCAAAGAAUACUCCAGUACCAGUACACGCAACUUUUCCAUCAAUUCCUGCUUUAACUCCACUCCAGUCUGCUGGAAACACUCGGUUAAUAAUACAAUACUGUGCUACCGCUUCAGCGCAUAGCUAUAUAUAGUAAAUUAUAGUAUGUAGUCGACAGAAAACUAUGUGUUGAUACGAAAUAAUUAACAUUUUAAUAAAUUACAUUUCAGGCAAAAAAUGGCUUCCUCGAAACUUUUAACACGUUUCAAAAGUGACAAACUCUCUGUUCUCAGUCGAAGUCUCCGGCGGCCGAUUUUACCGGCGUUGGCCGGUUACAGUUGGGAUGGAGGAAGGAAGGAGAGAGGUGGUGAAGGGUUAAAGUGGGGCGCAGCGGCGGCGGGGGCGAUACUAGGUCUGUCGGGGCUUGCGUACAACCUCAGGAGAACAAGGUUGAUUGCUGAAGGAGCAGUUGAAGCCCCUGAACAAGGGGCUGGGCAGAGAAGGAAGGAUUUGAAGGAGUUCACCCUGGAGGAGGUCGCCAAACAUGAUUCUAUCGAAAACAGGGUUUGGGUGACCUACAAGGAAGGAGUUUAUGAUAUCACUGAUUUUGUCCCGCUUCAUCCAGGAGCAGAGAAAUUACUGAUGGCUGCAGGAGGAAGUGUUGAACCUUUUUGGGCCAUGUACGCUGUCCAUCUUAAUAAUAAGGUUGUGAUGGAACUAUUGGAGGAAUAUAGAAUUGGUAACCUCGACCAGGAUGAUGUAGAACACCAUCGGAAACAGAUGAAGGACUCGACUGAUCCCUACGGGAAUGACCCAGCCCGUCUCAAGGUUCUUAUUGUAAACGCCAGCACGCCGUUCAACGCAGAGACUCCUCUUUCUAUUCUUACGGACAGUUUUAUAACUCCAACGGAACUCUUCUACGUCCGGAACCAUCUACCCGUUCCUGAUGUCGAUCCUAAGAAUUAUGAACUGGAAAUAUCCGGUUUAGGAUUGAAGGAUCUAACAUUAACCCUGGAGGACUUGAAGAAGUUCCCAAAGCACAAGAUCAUCACAUGCAUUCAGUGUGCUGGGAACAGGAGAGCUGAGAUGAGAGCUAGAAAGGAGUUGAAAGGGCUGGACUGGAAGGGGGGAGCUGUAGGAAAUGCAGAAUGGGCGGGAGCAAGGCUUAGCGAUGUAUUGGCGGCCGCAGGGUUUAAUGAAGAAACUAAUCCAGCAGUUCAUUGUAUUUUUGAAGGCUUCUGAUCCAAGAGGAGAUGUUCUUCUAGCAUACGAGAUGAAUGGGGAACCAAUCACUAGGGAUCAUGGGUUCCCAGUACGAGCAAUUGUUCCAGGUGUGGCCGGAGCUAGGAAUGUAAAAUGGCUCUCCCGUGUGGUGUUGAGCAAGGAGGAGAGUGACUCCCAUUGGCAGCAAGAUGAUUACAAAGGAUUCAAUCCUUCCACCGACUGGGAUACUGUUGAUUACAAGAAAUCUGAAGCUAUUCAGGAUAUGCCUGUAACGAGUGCAAUAUGUUCUCCUAGUCCUGGAUCUCAGGUUUUACCUGGAGAACUAGAGGUUAAAGGAUACGCCUGGUCAGGAGGUGGCAGGCGGAUUAUAAGAGUUGAUUUGACUGCUGAUGGGGGGAAAACAUGGACUCAGGCUAGUAGCUUGGAGCAGGAUACAGCGAGACACUCCAGGCAUUGGGGCUGGACCAUCUGGAAGGGUGUUGUGAAGGUCCCGGAGGGUUGUCCUAAUGUUGAAGUGUGGAGUAAAGCUGUUGACAGUAGUUACAAUGUCCAGCCGGAGACAUUUGAGAAUAUUUGGAACCUUAGGGGAGUUCUUAGUAAUGCAUACUGUAGGCUCAAGCUGAAAGUAAACCUCUAAACCUUAGAGGAGUUCUUAGUAAUGCAUACUGGAGGCUCAAGCUUAAAGUAAACCUCUAAACCUUAGAGGAGUUCUUAGUAAUGCAUACUGUAGGCUCAAGCUUAAAGUAAACCUCUAAACCUUUGAGGAGAUCUUAGUAAUGCAUACUGUAGGCUCAAGCUUAAAGUAAACCUCUAAACCUUAGAGGAGAUCUUAGUAAUGCAUACUGGAGGCUCAAGCUUUAAGCAGACCUGUAAAAGUAUCCACUCUAAAACUUGAAAUUGAAUAUUUGAUUGAGCAUUUGAUUUUUUAUUGAUCUUUUCUUGUCACACUGUGGCCCUAAAAGAAUUGGGUUGUAAUUGGUUGCCGCGUAAAAUAUUUUUGAUCUUUGAUCGUCGUUAUACUGUUAUAAUGUUUAAUGGAACUCCCUGGACAUUUGUGAUCAGUUUAGAAUAUAGUUUGUUUAAAGAAAAUAAUCUUGGUGAAGUUUG